AGCUGGACUACUCACCCACCCUCCCUUCCCAAAAAAAAAUCUCCCCUCCCUAACCCUCCCCUCUCCCCCCACACAUGGCUAAAUCUCCUCCUCCUCUUCCCCUCCUGUCCCAAUGUCCACCCCACCCCAAAGUAGCACCGGCUACCUCACCAACCUCGGCCUCGGCUACGCCAUCGCCGUCGCCCUCGGCUUCCUCGUCCUCCUCUCCACCGUUCUCCUCGCCUCCUAUCUCUGCUGCCGCUCCCACCGCUCGCCCAAUGCCCCCAACAACAACCACCACAGAAGCGGCGGCGGAAACAACAACAACCCCAAUGACGGUAUCAUCCUACCCCGCAUAAUCUUCGUGGCCGAGGACGACGAGGACGAGGAGCAAUUGCGCGAUGAAAACGUCGCCGUUGGGCUCGACCAGAGCGUCAUCAACUCGUACCCCAAGUUCCCAUACUUUCGAAAGGAUGGGAACACGGGAAGCAAUAGCACGACGUGCUCGAUCUGCUUGUGCGAGUACAAGGAGUCGGAGAUGUUGAGGAUGAUGCCAGAGUGCCGGCACUACUUCCACAUGUUCUGCCUCGACGCCUGGCUGAAACUGAACGGGUCGUGCCCGGUUUGCAGGAACUCGCCGCUGCCGACCCCGCUGUCCACGCCGCUCUCGGAGGUCGUUCCGCUCUCGCAGUACGCCGCGGAUCGGAGGCGGAGGAGGUGAUAAGAUUUGUGGGUUUUCCUUUCUUCUUUUUGGGUUUUGGGUUUUUCUCUCUCUCUCUCUCUCUCUCUCUCUCUUUCUUCUUGGGUGGUGGGUGGUUUGGGGUUUUGCCGUUUGGUGUGUUUGUUUUUUGGUUGCCAUGGGAAAAAUGUAUAUUUUUGGAUAGGUAGGUAUUGGGGUUUGUGUUUUACUGAAUUAUGGUUUGUGUUUGAUGAAAUUAGAGCAGAGAGAGUAUCUUCAUCUUAUGAAACAGAUUACAGAUGGGUGUUGAUCUUUCACAUAUAUUGAAUUCUGGAAUUAAUCA